AUGACUGAACACAUUGGUUGCUACUCUUGUUUUAUCCGUCACCUGGAAAGUUCCGCAAACCUGUUCGGCUACACCCUUCGUCCAAUCUGUCAAUUUCAGACAAACUUGUCCCCUGAGUAUCACGUAAAUUCUUAUGUACUUUUUGCCGUUCCUGACAUAUUUUUCAGUUGUUCUUCCGAUCGCUCACUGUCGAGUGCCACACAAAGAUUGAGCGGCGUGUUUGGGUAAUCAGUCAGAGUUCCGGCGGCUCUAGAACAAGUCAUUGCAGGAAAGUCUGCAACUCGACCGCAUCACAUAUGAGACCACUCUUCGCGCACUCACUCAAGAGCUCGAUAAGCUGAUGCAAGUGGGAGUACUGCCACAGACCGCGGUGAGAGUAAUCGCAUUGUUAAUCACGAAACAAAACAUUAUCAGGACGGCACCCGGAGAGUGAUAACUUUGAUGAGUGGCAUCAAGAAUCUCAUCCUCUUCCUCAACAGCAUCAAAGAUGAUUGA